GCCAGAAAUGUGUAAUCCUGAGUAUCCUGGCAACGCUGUCGCCCAAAAACGUUAACAUAAACAAAUAAAUACACAAUUUGUAUUUGUUGCUGAAGACAAAACGUAUUAUUUAAUCACAAGCUUUACACAUGCACAGUAUUGUGUGUUGUAUAUAAGACGAAGUAAAUGAAUGUCGCUGGUGUCAUAACAGAAGAGUGUACGGUCGGUGCUGUGUUUGUAGUGCGAAAGUAACGGAAAUAAAUAAAAGAAUUGUAAAUCCACUCAAGGACAUGUUUCACUUAAGUCGAUAGCCAAGUGCCAAACAUUAAAACGCUUUCCUUAUACCCAAAACUUGUGCAAAUCCACAAACUACAAACUGAAACUCGCAACCCAAGUGGUGAAGUGUUAAUUUAUUUGAAGCAGACACACUGGGGAAUUGCAUUGAUACGGUGACAGUGGUGCAACAUAAGCUCGUGCAUCAAAUCAAAGGAGGAAAAAUGAAUCCCAUCCUAUACUACUUACCACCAAGCCCGCCUUGUCGCUGCAUUUUGUUACUAGCCAAAUUAUUGGAUAUUGAAUUUGAGCUUCGAAUCAUAAAUGUGUUGGAAGGUGAUCAAAUGAAACCUGAAUUCUUGCAAAUCAAUCCGCAACACUGUAUUCCGACUAUGGACGAUCAGGGUUUGGUGUUGUGGGAGAGUCGAGCUAUUCUAGCCUAUUUAGUGGCAGCUUACGGUAAAGACGAUGCUCUCUAUCCGAAGGACAUACGUGUGCGAGCAAUGGUCGACCAACGUAUGCAAUUUGAUUUAGGAACGCUUUACCAUCGUAUGGUGGAUUAUUUCUUUCCAACUAUGCUAAUGGGUGCGCCUUUAGAUGAGAGUAAGAAGGCAAAGCUUCGCGAAGCUCUCAGUUGGUUCGAUGUCAUGCUAAAAGGACGUGAUUACGCCGCAACAGACCAUUUCACAAUUGCUGAUCUCUGCCUAAUGGUGACAGUUUCUCAAAUUGAAGCCUUCGGUCAUGAAUUACAUCCAUUCAAUCGCAUUAAGCAAUGGCUACAGAGAUGCAAAGAUUUUCUGGAACCCUAUGAUUAUGAGGAAAUCAAUGCUAAGAAAGCUGAAAUAUUAGCCAAUAACUAUCGAUCAAAAUUGCAAAAAUAAUUAAAACUCAACAUAGAAAAGGAAGUAAAAUCGCAAAUGUAGUAGAGGAUUAGUAAAUGACUAAAAUAGAUUGUUUAUAAAGCAAACAGUAGCUUCUUUUAACAACAUAGUACCAAAGACUCCAUUCCGCACUCAAAGGUAGUCGUCCGUCCAUAUGCACAGAAACUAGAAACUCCGCAUAGCAAUAAAACUUUAUUUUAAUAAAGAGUUACUAUACAAUAUGUAUGCCAAAAAAACCUAAAAAUAAACAAUGAAAUAAAUUUAAA